ACCAAUUGGCAAGUUUCGGUGCCGUGCAGGAAACAAUCACUAAACCCUAAAUCAAUCGUCGAUUCCUUUAUAUAUUCCCUUCCUUCUUAAAUAUUUCUGAUCCUCUUUUUCUUUUUCUCGAUCAAAUCCGAUUUUUAUUUUAUUUUGUUUCUGAUCACCAAACCCUAGUUUCCCACUGAUCGUCAAUUUCUUCUUCUUUGGAUACCAGUCGAAUCACCAUGACGAAGAACUCCUUCAAGCUUUCUAAUCCUCUCGAGAUGAGAAUGGCUGAAUCUUCUCGUAUCAGAGAGAAAUAUCCAGACAGAGUUCCCGUGAUUGUGGAAAAAGCUGGACAGAGUGAUGUUCCUGACAUUGACAAGAAGAAGUAUCUUGUACCAGCUGAUCUAACCAUUGGACAAUUUGUAUACGUUGUGCGGAAAAGAAUCAAGCUUGGAGCCGAAAAAGCCAUCUUUGUCUUUGUCAAGAAUACAUUGCCCCCAACCGCUGCAUUGAUGUCUGCAAUCUAUGAAGAACACAAAGACGAAGAUGGGUUUCUCUACAUGACAUACAGUGGAGAGAACACAUUUGGAUCUUCCUGUUGAGUAGCUCUGCUUCGACAGUUUGAUCUUCUUGAUGAUGAUUGUACAUUCGUUUUUUUUUCUCUUUAGCUUUUGCUCUUAUCUAUCUUAAUAAUUUUAUCUUAUGAGCUCUUUUAAAAAAAAAAAAAAAACUGAUUUUGAAUAAAGAUUCUAUCUUCAGUUUGAUUUAAUUUGAAGCUCUGUUUACAUUGUUUUGCUUCCUCUGCUUGCUUCAUCUAUUGUCAUGAACAAAC